GAAAUAGUAGGACCAUCAAAACGAAUUUAUACCGGAAUUUUAUCCAACUUUACCUGGUUACUGGGAAUAUUUAUAAUAUCGUUGCUUGGUUACCUGAUUCGAACAUGGAGAUAUCUACACCUAGGUGCCGCCAUCUUCACGACGGUUUUGUUAACAUUCGUCUGUUUAGUACCAGAGAGUCCACGGUGGUUGUUAACCAGAGGCAAAACGGACAGAGCCAAACUCAUCAUAGAAAAAAUGGCCGCUUGUAAUAAGGUGAAGCUCCUUGAUGAUAUUGUAGAUGUCACUACUGUACCACCAGACACUGUUACUAAAAUUAGAUUCUGGAAGAUGUUUACCUCCCCUGUUUUACUCGCCAGGACGCUUGUGAUGUACUUUACUUGGUUUACCGUUAGCCUACUAUAUUAUGGUAUUAUGUUAAACCUCGAUACCUUGGUAGGAAAUGUCUAUCUAAACCUAUUUUUAACGGGAAUAUUUGAAGGACUCAGCUAUAUACUGGUGUUAUUUAUAGGAGACAAGGUGGGACGGAGAAUCCUCGCCUUCGGAUCCCUGUUUACCAGUGGAUUAUGUCUAACGUCUGUUAUUUUUAUACUCAUGUAUGCAUCCUCAGAUCAACAAUGGUUGAUGACACUAUUCACCAUGGUCGGAUUGUUUGGGACAAAUGUUGCCUUCAGUCUGUGGUGGUUAUGGACAGGUGAAUUUUUCCCCACAGAACUCCGUAAUUUUGGUGUCGGCACGAGUUCUUGUAUAGGUAGAACAGCUGCUGUUAUAGCCCCGUAUUUUGGAUUAAUAGUAAGUAUGGCGACUCCACAUACCUUGUCGCAAAAGUUUACCACAGACCUAUAA